AUGUUAACAAGUGGCAAAUUAUUAGUCACGAGUGGAUAUUCUACCACUAGCGGUUAUUUAAAUAGUGCUGAGUUGUAUGAUCCAUCAACAGGUGUGUGGACACUCACUGGUAGUAUGAGUUAUGCUCGAUACAUUCACACAGCAUCUGUGUUAACAAAUGGAAAAGUUUUAGUGACUGGUGGAUAUAAUGGAGGUGGUCUACGAACUACUGAGUUGUAUGAUCCAUCGACAGGAAUGUGGGCACUCACUGGAAGUAUGAGUUAUGAUCGAUAUUAUCACGUGGCUUCUGUGUUAACAAAUGGAAAAGUACUAGUUGCCGGUGGAUACUCUAGCACUUAUGGUAUUUUAAAUAUUGCUGAGUUGUACGAUCCAUCAACAGGUGUGUGGACACUUACUGGUAGUAUGAGUUAUGCUCGAUAUGUUCAUACAGCAUCUCUGUUAACAAAUGGACAAGUUUUAGUCGCUGGUGGAUAUAAUGGAGGUGAUCUGCAGACUGCUGAGUCGUAUAAUUCAUCGACAGGAAUGUGGACACUCACUGGGAGUAUGAGUUAUGGUCGAUAUUAUCACACAUCAUCCUUAUUAACUAAUGGCAAAGUAUUAGUCGCUGCUGGAUAUGAUGACACAAUUGGUGUUCUAAAUAGUGCUGAAUUGUAUGAUUUAUCAACAGGUGCAUGGACAAUCACCACUAGCCUGAGUUAUGCUCGACAUGCUUACUCAGUAUGCGUGUUAAAGAAUGGAAAAGUAUUAGCUGUAGGUGGAGUUGGAAUUAGCUCUUCAGAACUGUAUCAACCAUAA